ACAUGCUGCAGCAUGAUUUGUCCACAGCCAACAAUAGGAGAGGAAAUAGAAGCUUGGCGCAUUGAUGGACACGUACUAAAAUGACAUGUUUGUGGGUUCUAUGUCAAAGUUGCAUAUUAUCACAAUGAUGGCUUCAGAAACAACACUGGAAGGUUUCUAUUGGUUCUCGGCGGCGUCGCUCAUUGGAUUGACAUUUUUUUAUUUGCAGCUCUAACCAGCUGAUGGUGCCCAGGCAAUGAACACGGAGCAUCUGAAGAAGUGUUGCCGCUACAUGCAAGCCCCUUCGUCGGCGUUUUAUUUGCCCCUCGCCUCCAUCCAGGGAUUGAGCGAGAACAAGUCCAGCUUUUGAGAAGAUUGUCAGAGGAACCACCUCGACAAACCUGACAGCGCAGAAGAAGUCAGUGCCAUCAAUAAAACAUAAUGACAUUUCCAAGCAUCGGAGCUGUAGCAUGAGGGAGAGGAGGACGUGAAGACGAACAGGACUUAUGAUGAUGGGGUGUGGUCAAAGGCUCGCCGCAUUUCUCCUGGUCUCCACGGUCACCUCCAUCACGCAACCGGAGUGUCACCGUUAAAACGUGAGCGGCUCAUUUGACCUGCUGGAGGAGCUCCGCCAAACUGUGAUGUGAUGAAUAAGUUUGAGGUCCUUGGCAUUGUGGGUGAAGGGGCCUAUGGAGUGGUGCUUAAAUGCCGACAUAAGGAAACCAACGAGCUGGUGGCCAUUAAGAAGUUCAAAGACAGCGAAGAAAAUGAGGAGGUCAAGGAGACGACCCUUCGGGAGCUGAAGAUGCUUCGCACACUAAAGCAGGAAAACAUUGUGGAGCUAAAGGAAGCCUUCCGCCGGAGGGGGAAGCUCUACCUCGUGUUCGAAUAUGUGGAGAGGAACAUGCUGGAGCUGCUGGAGGAACUGCCGAAUGGCGCGCCGCCUGAUAAAGUCAGAAGCUACAUCUACCAGCUUAUCAAAGCCAUCAACUGGUGUCACAAAAAUGAGAUUGUGCACAGAGAUAUCAAACCAGAGAACCUGCUCAUCAGCUCUGAUGAUGUUCUCAAGCUAUGUGACUUUGGUUUUGCACGUAACCUGUCAGAAGGAACUGAUGCCAACUAUACUGAGUACGUGGCCACAAGGUGGUACCGCUCACCUGAGCUUCUGUUGGGGGCUCCGUAUGGCAAAGCAGUGGACAUGUGGUCAGUGGGGUGCAUCCUCGGGGAGUUGAGUGAUGGACAGCCCUUGUUUCCAGGGGAAAGUGAGAUCGAUCAGCUAUUCACUAUUCAGAAGGUCCUGGGUCCGCUUCCUGCAGAGCAGAUGAAACUCUUCUACAACAACCCUCGUUUUCAUGGAAUCAGGUUUCCCUCAGUUACGCAUCCUCAGACACUGGAGAGAAGGUACCAAGGCAUUUUAAGUGGUUUGAUGUUGGAUCUUAUGAAGAAUCUGCUGCUUCUCAAUCCGACUGAACGCUAUUUGACUGAGCAGAGUUUGAACCAUCCAGCCUUCCAGCCUCUGAGGCAGGUGGAGAGAGAGAGGUCCUCGGUGGCCUCGCCCAACCCUUCACGCUCCUCCAAGAGGAAAACACACCAUCAUGGAGAAAACACAGUCCCUACAAGGAGUCACAGUAAGACCUCAAGCCAACGUCGUUCCAACAGCAAAGAAUGUUCAAGCCUCCCACGUCAUGGAGACCUCCAUCACCUUGGCAACGAGAGUUUUCUAAAUGGUAACAAACCCCAGUCCAGUUUGAGUCCAACACUUCACCCCAAAAGUCAGUACCUGUCCCAGACCCUCAAUCGCUCUGCCUCAUCCUGCAAAGAUCUGGCCAAUAACAACCUGCCACACCUCCUCAGUCCAAAAGAAGCCAAAAAUAAAACAGAGUUUGAUUUCAACUUGGUACCUUCUCCUAAGGUGUCAGAACAGGGACACGGACCUAAAUAUGGCCUCGGAAAGCCACCUGGUACUUCUCGCUCUCAACAGCAGCAGCAGCAGCAACAAGUUGGACGCCACACCUUCCUGGAGAACAAGACCAAUACCUUACAGUCAGGAGGAGAGAAACAACAUGGCAGACACUCCCACAGCAUGGCCGACUCUGCCCAUGGAUCCAUGUCGUCCUCGUCCAAGAGUUCGGCCUCUUAUCUGAGCCUGUCCAAGAGCCAUAGCGCUCUUAGUGAUGCCAAAUCUGUAGGGAACCUUAGCGAUGGCCGACUUCACCAUGACGACCCAAACUCCAACACGACAGCAACGGUUGGACCCGGCGCCCGUUUCUUCCCUACAAGCUGUCUCGACCUGAACACCUCUUCAGUGGUACCGGGGCCUCCUGGCAGCCCCUCAACACGCCACAGCGAUCGCUCCGGGCAUAGCCCCGCCUCCCGUAGCAGUGGAAACGUCCGCAUGGAGAGCAGCACGCUCGACUCGUCCUCCAGACACAAAUCCAGACAUAAAUCUAUGGCUCCAGACGAGGCCAAGGCUCCAGAGCUCUUAGAUCCAGGAGGUGCAGGGAUGCCCUCCACUCAUACUCUUCCCUCCCCACACGAAUCCUACCAUUACGGCCUGGGUUAUACGUCCCCCUUCUCCUCUCAGCAACGGCCUCAACGUCACUCCAUGUAUGUGAGGAGAGAGCGCCACCGGCCUCAUGGUGUAGAAUCCGGGAUGACAGGCCUGCCCCCACCAGGACAAGCGAUUCCGACACGGGCCAGUAGUCUGCAGCUCCUUUCCCCACAGCUUCAGCACCGGACCACCCUCACUGGGCACUCUGUGAGCUCCUCGAGGGAGGACUGCACUGAUGGCAUGAGCAGGAGCGAGCAAUCCCCUAAAGACAUGAGUCACCCUUGCGCCCCCAUCAAGGACUCUACAAGGGACAACACUGCUGCUUUUCACACACAACGCCCUAAAAACGAGGUGGGCAUGUAUCAUGACACUCAUGGGGAGGAUGGAGUGUCCUCCAAGGAGAACCGGAUGAUCUUCACUGAGUCUAUGCCUCGUAGAGUUGGUAGCUUUUACAGAGUACCUUCCCCAAGACCAGAUAACUCCUCGUCUUUCCAUGAGGGUGUUGGGCAGGGUCGAGGACCAGUGGUACCCGUUGUCCCUAGCAACCCUGUUUCCAUGGCCAACCACUCCAAACGCCAGACUGCCUUUGAUUGGACUGCUGCAGAAGCAAUGGUGAUGAAUCCUCCAGAGCCGGUCAAAGAGAAGGAAAAACAAGGCUUCUUCCGAGCUAUCAAAAAGAAAAAGAAGAAGACACAAAUAACAGACAUGGCGGACGGCAGGAACCCAAGCAUAAAGAAAAGUCUUUUUCCCCUCUUUAGCUCCAAGAACAGCCUCAAGCACAACUCGGCUGUCAAAGUCCUACCUGCCGUGCCCUCGCCGAUGGUGCAACAGCAGCCUCCCCCACCCUACCCUUCAGCUACAAGGAGCUCCAAGUCGUCAUCUCACCACGGAAGCCGUCGGAAAAACCGAGAGCGAUCCCGAGAUAGGGAUCGGGAAAGGGAGCAGAGCCGGGACCGGGAUAGAGACCGAGAGAGAGACCGAGAGAGAGAAAGAGGAAGGGAGCGAGUGAACGACUGGCCACCAGACAAAGCCGUAGACUCACACUCGCAGAGCCAACCACUGAAGUCACUUCGUAGGCUCCUUCACCUCUCCCCUUCCUCCUCAAACCAAGGGCAGCCUCCUGUUCCUCCUCCAGACCUGCGCUUCCAAGCUCCUCUCCCCAACCCCCCUCAGCCCUCCUCCAAAGCGGCCUACUCUGAGGGUCGAGGUCAUGCAGAGAGCCGCGGUCACUCCGGGGUGAGUAGCUCCUCCCAGGCCAAGAGCCGCAAGGCCAGCUACCCACUGCCGGGACAGCUGGAGUCGGCCUGGCACGUGUCAGCGUUGCAGCGAGCCGAGGGCGCUCAGUUCACAGCCGAACAGCUGGGCAUCAAACCGGGGCAAAACGGACCCACUUUUACCCGUGCCUCCCGCACCAGAAUGCCAAACCUCAAUGACCUGAAGGAGACUGCCCUCUAAAAAACACUCACCUCAAAACUGCACCACCUCCAUCGUGGAAGCAUUUGCCCGAUAAAGAAGGUCAUCUCACUUUAGUUGCAGUUUACAUGAAAGCCUCUUGCACAGGAUGGAAUCCACUCAUCCGGCGGAUGACUACUUGAUGCAUACGCAUCACUGACUGACGGGGAUGAGCUUCUGUCUAGAGGAGGAAAUGCUGCUUCCUUCUGCUGCCAUCUACUGGUCACAGAACACAACUCUCUGCAGCACAUCAGACCGCCUCUUACUGGGUGGCCAUGAAAGCAAAAUCAUGUUUUUUUCCACAUAUUUGAUAAGAAAGAAAGAAAAAAGAUUUAUAUCAACAUAAGUUAUUGUUUUAAAUUCAAGGAUAUAAGCUAUAAAUGACACAGUAUGUAGUCUAUAUGGGAAUAUUAUAAGGAUAUAUAGAAUAAAUGUGUAAUUACAAGAGCUUUAGUUUGACACAGAGACAUAAAUAGGUACAUAUGUACGUGCUGUUGACAAUACAAAGAUUAUUUCAAUGGUGAAUGUCUUUUUGUUCAAUUUGAUAUGCUAUUAACAGAAUUUUAUUUAUUAUUUAUUUUUAAUUUGUGUUUCUUUCCUAGAUAUGUAAAGAAAUAUAGACAUAUAAUGAUUACCCAAUAGGAAUUCAAAUGUGAUAUUAGACCUCUCAUUCAAGAAUAUAUCUGUCCAGCAGUUGAAAGCAUUUUGAGCGACUUGUCAGCCUGUCUCUCUCUCUCUCUCUCUCGGGGACAAAAGACAACAGCUCUCCUUACUCCUUGCUGCUACGUCCAUUUUUGUUCACAAGUAGAAGGCAUGAAGGAAUUGUUAUUGUGAAAAGUUCACAUCUAGAAAUGAACCACAGGCAUUGUUUUACAAGGCAAGGCAUAUCUCAUCUGCCAUGUUAAAUGUCUUGUUGAAAUAGUCAGUUGUUUUGUGAAACAAGCCCCUGAAAAGACCAAAAAAACACGAAUGACUCCAACCUCAAUCAAUACCUCAAACUUAAUAUUCUCAUGCAUGUUGCUGACAUUUUAUGUUUUCAUUUCUGACCCAUAAAAAUGAUGGAACAAGCUUAUUUUUAUUUACUACUAAUUGGUUGCCACCGUUUACCUUACAGUAUAUGAAUUAUUUUGACACCCAAGUCAUAAUCAGGGAUUGUUUAUAUAUUAUGAAUUACAUGACUUAAGUCUUUCAGAGGGAAAUUUCAGGAUUAACCUAAAAUGCACAGUAACCUCGACUGACUUUCUUUAAACAGUCCUCUUCAUUAUGCUCUUCACAUUUUGACAUCAUGGAACCACGACAACACCUACAACAGUACUUCACCAUUGCACAGUUUCACACAGGAUGUAUUGAGAGGGAAGGAGCCACAUCGAUCUUAGUGUCACUGCAUGAGUGUCAUAAGUAGCUAUUGACUGGAAGAGUCACUGCGAGACACUUUUACAACGUGUGCAUUUUGUUAUUUGGGUCCAAAAAUACUGAAACAUUGAAUAGUGGAACAUGUGCAUUGGAGUCGGUUAAAUUAAAUUCACAUGUUAAGGUUAGUGCACAUUUUAGAUUUACCUUGAAAUUUUCCCCGAAAGCCCUAUAUCCCUUUUUGCAAGUCGAGAUAGAUAGAUAGUUAUAAUUUGUAUCUUUGUACUAGAGAUGGGCAUAAUCAAUUUAUUGCUAAUCACCCUGAUAUUGGUGCAAUAUCACUGAAAGCAAUGUGAAGUACACAACUUGACUGCAACCAGCAGAGGCGCUGUUGAGUCCAUCUAAAUCUAAAGAAGAUCUAAAGAAAUCUUUUUUAACAAAUUCGUCCAAUUUAAUUCUCAUUGCUCCAAUUUGUCCAUAGGUAUGAAUGUGAGUGUGAAUGGUUGUUUGUCUAUAUGUGCCCUGUGAUUGGCUGGCGACCAGUCCAGGGUGUAACCCGCCUCUCGCCCGAAGACAGCUGGGAUAGGCUCCAGCACCCCCGCAACCCUCGUGAGGAAAAAGCGGUAGAAAAUGAAUGAAUUAAUUAAUGAAUGAUUUUGCCAGUCUAUCAAAGAAAUGAAUUCAAGCACCUAUUUCUGAUUUUAAAAUCCCAUUUUUGUCUAUCGGGCUCACAAACAAAAUAUUAUAAAAGAAAUAAACCAACAUCUAGCUACUCGGCUGAUUGAAAGCAAUAUGAUUGACAAAGUGAUGUAGACUGUUUACAGUAGCCCAGUCAAAUCAGAGUAAUGGGAGCUAAACAUAGUCAAGAGGUAUAGACUAUGAUUAAGAGUCCACAUUUAAGAUCAAUUUGUCGUUGAGUUGCCUCUCAAACUGCCUCAUGUUGUGUUUUUAUGCAAAGCACUGAUUGUAUUCAGUUUUUGCUUACAUGUUGUCAAACGUGGACAUCGUUUGCCUUGCCUGAAGCCUUAUGUUUGCUUAUUGACAUCAAAUAAAAUGGAGGCUUAACCCCCCCACCCACCCACACUUCACAUACAUUCUUACAUGUUUUUUUUUUCCUUCUCUGAACUAUGAAUGUGUUUCCUAAAACUGUAGUUCUUUGUUUUCAUUUCCAGUAUUUGAUUCACUUGUUCCAAGGUGUAUAUAGAAAUAGAGUGUAUCUAUACUGACCAUUCUACACUAAAAUGAUAGGGUCUCAUAAUAAAACUGUACAUUUUU